UUUUGAAAAUAAAGCAAUUGAAUUGCUGUUAGAGACCUGUGAGCAUCAAAUCAUCAGUUCAAAAGAUGAAGUGCAAGAUGGUGAUAACCAGCAAUUUAAUUUGGAAAAUGAAACAUAUUCACAAGAUGUUCUCAGUAAAAAUGAAUCAAAUGAAGAUCUGCUGCGACUAUAUCUUGGUCUUAUAUUCACUACAUGGGAAGAUGGCACUGUCGAGAUAGUGUGUACAUCGUUUGAUGAUGGGCAUAGCUAUGAUUUGAAUCCUAUAAUUGUUCAAACUGCACCACAUUUUCAUAAAUUGUCAAAGGAAAUGCUAGAGGAUAUAGAAUUUUAUACACGUUCUGCGGAAGGCAUGGGUGCCAAGAUACAGUAUAAUCUUUUGAAAAAACUGAAAACUGAUGCUGCAGAAGCUCUACAACAGUUGAUAGCUUUAAAAGCAAAUAAUCUUGAAUGGAUUGUUAUAUCUAAUAUAGAGAGUGAAGAAAACAGGCUGACUGCACUUUUUUGGAUGUCUUCUUUACAA